AUGGCUUCCUUAAUGGACUCCAAGAAAGAACCCUACUUUGGGUUGAAAGGGGCUGCCUGUGCCACAGACAUGAGUUUGUUUGGAUACGAUCAAGGUCUUUUCGGCGGCGUUGUGGUUGCGGAGGACUUUCUGACCAAGACGCCCUCCACUGUCACUGCCAUCUACGAUGUUGGGUGUUUCUUCGGCGCACCGUGGCCUUCAGCCUUGGGAGCGCCUCGAAAGAAGUCAAUCCUACUAGGAACCACCCUUAUGGCGAUCGGUACCCUUCUCAAGUGCGUGCCGUACAGUCUUCCACAGAUAUUCGUUGGUUGGGUAAUUCUCGGGUAUCAAACAGAGACUUCCUCGCCCAAAUGGAGAGGGAAGCUCGUUUCCCUGGAAAUGGUCAUGAACAUCCUUGGCCUUUCUAUGGUCAAUUGGAUCAACUACGGUCUUUCAUUUGCUGGUGGUGCGCUCAUGUUCACAUUCGUUCUAUUUGCAACAGUCCCACGGCUUCCUGAGUCCCCGGGAUGGCCCAUGCAAAUGGGAUACGAGAAAGAGGCCAUCGAAAUCCUUUCAUCACAGAAAAAUGAAAUCGAAUACACGAUCUACUACGAGCGAGAAAAUGCCAUCCGAUGGCGCGACAUUCUCCUACGCAGGAAGACUGACAGCACAGACUCCAAAACCCUGCGACGGCUGAUCCUCGGCACCGGCACACAACUCAUGCAACGAUUUAAAGGUGUGAAUAUAAUAUCUUAUUAUCUACCCACUGUCCGUAUGAACUUUGUCGGGCUUUCUAAUUCGAUGGCACGCCUUCUUACGGCGGUUAAUUCCAUCACCUAUUUAAUUUAUACCUGCUGUGCAGUAGGACUGAUCGAGAGGAUGAGACGCCAUGGUCUGAUGAUGCUGUCUACUGCCGGCCAGUUCUUUGCGUUCCUCAUCAUUACGAUCCUGCUGCGUUAUGCGGAGGCCAAUGCUGGUGCUGCCGAAGGACAUAGGUUUGGUUCCGCCUCUACUGUGUUCUUCUUUCUCUUCUACAUUUUCUUUGGUCUUGGUAUGCUCGAGAUUCCGUGGCUUUAUCCUACAAAGCUCAGCUCCCUCCAAAUGCGGAACAAGGGAGCUGCUGUGGCGACGGCAACGAAUUGGAUCACGAACUUCGUCAUCGUGGAAAUCACUCCUAUUAGAAUCCAAAAUAUCGGUUGGAAGUUCUGGAUUGUUUGGACAGUGUUCAACGCCGCCUUUUUGCCAGCCAUCUAUUUCGUUUACCCAGAAACGGCGAAUCGUACCCUGGAAGAUAUCGACGCACACUACCGUUCGAACCCGUCAUUGAUCGUCAUUAAGGAUCCGGACGCCAUCUCUGCCAAACCCCCGUUAAAGUACAUCGAGCACGAAGACCAUAAGAUGAAAAUGAUCGGGGAAGUCAAGACAAAGAAGGCCGGUGGUCUUAUGGUAGAACAUGUGGAAUAA